UCCAGCUGGUCAUGUGAACGGUAUAAACUUUUUGAGUUUCCGAAGAGAGUAUCCAUCAAAGAAAGUAGUAACAUUAGUUACUUUAAACUUUCUCUAAGCAUUAUUCCAAAUAUUUCUUAUAAUUAUUCUUUGCGGCCUGUAUAAUGAAAACAGUUACUGGCGCCAAAACAGUUACCAAUUCUGAGGAUAAAGUUAGAAAAUCUUUACACGAACUGCAGCCAUCAGCCACUAACAAAGAAAUAUUGGUUGGUGCUGAUAGGAUGGUUAGAUCUACAGAACAAACUAAAGAAGCAAAAUUAAAAAAAGAUGUGCCUAAAAAAACAAAAGGUACGUCUAAAAGUCAAAAGAUUACAACUAAAAAUCAGGCUGUUCAAACCACACCGGAGGAAAAAGUUAAAAUUGAGCCUGAAGAUUUAACAUCUACAGAUUUAGCUGGUCCCAGUGAAAACUAUUGGCAAGUUUUGGCUGAAAGACGACGGGUAGCACUUAAGGAUGCUUUAGAAGAAAAUAAAAUACUUUCACAACGUAUUGAAAAAUUAGAAGAAGAAAACCGUAUACAAAAAGAAAUGUUAAGUGAGACAAGAGCACUUGUUGAAGUGUUGCGGGAAGCAAUGGAUGACGACCGAAACGAUAUUAAUAAUUCAUUGGAAGAUUCUUUAAUUUAGAUUGACGCAAAAAUUUAUAAUGAUAAUUAAUAAGAAUA